AAUUGUAGCUCCAGAGAUGAUAGAAUUUAAGACAAUUUUUAGUCUGAUACCCAAAAUUUUAAUCUAUAAACUUGAGCUUUCUUCAUUUAGUUUGAUCAUAUUGGCCAAUCAUAUUUUCUGACAAAUAUUUGUGACUAGAAUUUUAAUUGAUUUAAGUUUGUGUUUAAAUGUAGCUGAAACCAUUAAAAAUGAUUAAGUACUCCAAAUAAAAAGGUCUUCCACACAAAAGAACCAUAAAAAUACUAAACGUUACUCGAAUCAUGAUUUUAUUAUAUCCCAAACAAAUGAACCACUUCAUACUUUUUAUAUUAGUUAUCGCAAAAUAUGUUAAGGCCAAAUGAAAUUUGUAAACAAAUGAACCAAGGCUUUUUAUUUGAGUCAGACUUGCUACACUUUGUUAGGAUAUGGCAAGACAAAUAACAUCGUUCAUUCGUUUGGUUGGGAAUAAAGAAGAAAUUUUAAAAUCUUCGAACCCAAGUCAAAAAGGGGGACAAAAAUACAAAAUCUUAAAGCCCUGGAUCCUGAGUCUCUAUGCUCGUCUCUUGUGUCUGGGAAAAUCGCGGUUUUUGGAAACUGCAUAGGAUUAAAAAAAAACUGUAUAGGAUAUCUGAUUCAUUAAACUGGAUAGGAUCUCAAGCCAUUGGGAUAUUAUAAAUCACCUCUUGGUUAUACAAACACGUGAUCAAUGAAAAGGAGCCAGAAACACCCUUGUUUGACAUCCUCCAGAGAACCUUCAAAUUUAUCCUUGGUGACGGUUUUGUUAACAUGUCAGCGAGGUUAUAGCCUUCAUCAGUCUUCUGACAAUAAAUUAAUGUAAUUGGUCGAAGUGUUACAAACUUCUUACCCUAAUAUGUAAUGCUAAUGUGAUGGGAUCUAAUCCUAGGGUUUGAUCCAUCCACGUAAAAACAACAUCUUCAAGCCAUAGAUCCUAAGGGCUAAGUCUCUGCUCUUGUCUCUCCAACUCACACACAUAUGAUAAAAUAUAUAUAUAUAUAUAUAUACCUUUUUCUUUCUUUUAAAAAUGUAAAAUAUCAAAGUUUCUUUUUCCUAAAUGAUUAUGGAGUAGAAUUUGGAUAUAUAUAUAUAUAUAUAUAUAUAUAUAUAUAAGUUUCGGUGGUUCGUUGUACAUAAGAAAUAUUAAGUAGGGCAGGGUUAAGUUUCUAUCUCUGAUGUCAGCUAUUCAAUGGAAGAAGUGGCUGUCAAAGGCGGUGGGAAGAGGAAGAAGACAUAAACUAGAUUGUUUGAUGGUGGCGCUGGAGAUUCCGUGGGAUCUCAUGAUCGAGAUUCUGACUAGAUUGCCUGCUAAAUCGCUCAUGAGGUUCAAGUGUGUGUCAAAGACAUGGUCACUUCUUAUCCGUUCUCGAUAUUUUAGCAACCUUUAUGUUACUGUCGCAUCCCCAAGGCGACCACCUUGUCUAUACAUGAGUUUGAUGCACCACUAUAUGUGUGAUUCCAUUGGGGUCUGCCAGAGCCGUGAGUCUCAACUGCUAUCGUUAUCAUCAUCGACUAGUAAUAGUGUUGAAUCUUUUGACUUAGAUUUGACCAUGCAAGGGAUGGGAGGACACGAUAUGGUGGUUCUUCGUGGAUUGAUUUUGUACAUGGUUUGCGGAAAAGCGUGUAUCUAUAAUCCCACCACUAGACAAAGUGUAACCUUACCGGUCAGACCGGUCAUCAAAUUUUCCCAAAAAGUCAAAUGUUGUGAUGAGAGUAUCAUCUACUAUUUCGGACACGAUCCUGUUCUUGAUCAAUACAAAAUAUUAUGCAUUGCUAGUACGAUCUUAACAAGUAUAAAUAGUUUAACCUCGGAGCAUUGGGUCUACGUACUAGAAAGUGGAGGUUUUUGGAAAAGAAUUGGGUUUGAUUGUCAACCUCACAUUCCUACAAUAGGAAGACUAUGCAUCAGUGGAGUUAUAUAUUAUUUGGCUUACGUUAGUUUGUCUUGCUACGUCCUUGUCAGUUUUGAUGUUAGAUCUGAACAGUUCAAUAUAUACGAUAACCCAAUCGGCUUUAUAGAAUAUGGAGGAAAGCCAGCUAUUUUUGAUCAGACCUAUCUUAUACAGAUGGGCAAGGUGGACUUAUGGGUCUUGGAAGAUGGUGGAGCAUGGUCGACGAAGUCCCUGGUUUUGCAGCCUUGUCAGAUGCAUUUACUCAAUGAGAGCAUUAAAUUGUUGGUACGAGGCACAACUCAAACCGACGAGGUUAUAUUGGCACCUUGUAAGUUGUUUUCCAAUUAUUACCUUCUCUAUUAUGAUCUUCGAAAGAAUGAUUUGAGAAAGUUUAAUGUUGGACUAACAUCGGACCACUGGUUUGGUAAGCCGUACGCUGAUUAUAUUCUUUUUGAUAAGAAUGAAAGCAUCUUGCACUUGGAAACUUGAAUAACAUAGGACCACUAGUUUGUGUUUUGCCUCAAUGUGGCAUCUAUUUGUGU